AUGGGUCUUCUAGAAUUUGAAAAAUGGUCCAAACAGCCAGAUCUCUUCACAGAAAAGUCACGUGUUUGCGCCCGCCUUCGGGGUCUUACCCCAGGACAGAGGCGAGUGUGUCGCCGCCAUAAGGACCACAUGCCAGUAGUCAGUGCUGGUGUCAAAAAAGGGAUUAACGAGUGCCAGCACCAGUUUGAAGGGAGACGUUGGAAUUGUACUGUGACGAAAGACGAAACUGUCUUUGGGCCAUUAACAUUGAUAGCAUCACGAGAGACAGCAUUCACCCACGCAAUCACUGCGGCCGGAGUGUCAUUGUCCGUAUCUCGAGCGUGUCGCGAUGGCACACUCUCUAGUUGCAGCUGCAGUAGAGCAACGCGUCCCAAGAACCUGCACAACGAUUGGGUUUGGGGAGGUUGUGGCGACAACCUUGAAUACGGAUACAAGUUCACGGAGGUAUUCGUGGAUAUCAGGGAGCGGGAGCGGAAGGUGAAGAGAGGCAGCCGAGAGCAAGGGCGGCAGCUGAUGAACAGACACAAUAAUGAAGCAGGCAGACGGGCAGUUAUAGCUAAGUCCCGUGUGACGUGCAAGUGUCACGGCGUCUCCGGCUCGUGCAGCCUCAUCACCUGCUGGCAGCAACUUGCUAGCUUUCGAGAAAUCGGUGAUUAUCUCAAAGACAAAUACGAAGGUGCGACGGAGGUAAAGGUGUCUCGCCGGGGGAAACUCCGCCUCACCAACCCAAGAUACACUUUGCCAACAGCUCAAGAUCUAGUCUAUCUUGAAGACUCACCGAACUACUGUGUGAAGAAUGAAUCUUUGGGUUCUCUUGGCACAACGGGUCGCAUGUGUAACAGAACGUCAUCAGGUAUGGACGGUUGCGCUCUCAUGUGCUGCGGUAGAGGAUAUAACACAAGACGUCAAGUCGUCAAGGAGCGUUGCGGCUGCAAAUUCCACUGGUGCUGUCGAGUCGAAUGCAACACAUGCGUUAGGACCACUGAAGUGUAUACUUGUAAAUAG